CAUUCAUUUUUUUUAUUUCAGAUCAACAGCGUGAUCAUGACAAGACAAAUCGCGGUGCUACUUUUUACAGUCUGUAUCGCCACAAUAUCAUCCAGCAACCAGGUGGCGGCAGAGAAGAUCCUGGCUUGUUACUUCACCAAUUGGGCCGGAUACAGACAAGGAAAUGGGAAAUUCGAACCCGGAAACAUCGAACCCACAGAAUGUACGCAUCUCAUGUAUGGUUUCGCGAACAUAAAUUCGCAGUUGCUCCAGUUUCAGUCUUCAGACGCUUGGGCUGAUUUGGAAGUUGAUGGAGGCAAAGGUUAUUAUGCACAGGUUAAUGCUUUGAAGAAUCAGAAUCCGAAUUUGAAGACUUUGUUGUCCAUGGGAGGAUCAUCCGAUGACCCCUACGGAUUGUGGACUGCAGCUGGAGAUCCAGCGAAUCGGCAGAAAUUAAUUACCAGCGGAGUGAACUUCAUCAAAACUUACGGCUUCGACGGAGUCGACCUCAAUUGGCUGCUUCCCACUUACAAUGGCGGGACUUUCGACCAGAGGGACGAUAUCGCAGCAUUGAUCACUGAAAUGUCUGAAGCUUUCCACGAGGCCGGAUUACUUUUCACAGUCAGUAUUCCACCGAGUUUGCCAUCGAGUUGGAACACAGCUACAGAAGUCCAAGCGAUUAUUGCUCCGGGAGUUGCAGAUUUCAUCAGCCUGAAAACCAUGGACUUCCAUGGUGCCUGGGAACAACAUACCCACCACGUGGCACCCCUUUACCAACAUUCCCUGGAUGUCGGAGUCGACGCACCAUUCAACGUUAAUGCAAGCGUGAAUGCUUGGCUGGCGAAUGGAGCAGAAAAGGAGAGCCUCUUGAUCGCUAUUUCAACCGGUGGAAGAGGUUUCACUCUCCUUGACCCCGAACAAGAUGAUUUCUACGCACCCACAAGCGGUCCUGGUAACGGAGGACCCAUCACCGAUACCCCCGGAUUCAUGGGUUUCAACGAGCUUUGCGAACUGCUAGAAGAUCUCGGAGAAGGUUUCGACGAACGUUGGCAGGAUGAAGUUAAAGGUCACUACGCUGUUUUCAGCACAAAUCAAUGGUACGGAUACGAAAGUCCAGACGGAGCAACACUCAAGGCUCAAUACGUGGUUGAUAAUGGCCUCGCUGGCGCCAUUCUAUACACCCUGGAUUUCGACGAUUUCCACAACAUUUGCGGAUACGGAGUUAAUCCCAUUGGUAACUCAGUCAAGGAAAUUUUCGGCAACACAAUUUAAACGUCGGCGUUUCCAAGGAACGAACUGAUGUAAGAAAUUCGAAAUUCCAUCAAGAUUUUCAAGAGAAUUUCCAGACCACGUCGGAAGCCAUUUUCAACCCGUCGCGUUUAUAAUUGGCAUCUAACCGACCAAAGCAAUGAAUAAAAACUACGCGUGGGGACGAAAACAAUUGUUCGGAAGAUUAAAUGGAUUCCACUAUUACAUUUAUGGGACCAAGAAUACAAGUGAAUUUCCAGGCAA